GCCCAUCAUAUUUACCUUGUUGAGUGUGCAAUUUGUACAAACAAAUUGACGGGCAGAUGACAGGACACAGGACAGCUAAAUUGCUCGAGAGGAGACUAUAAAAAGCGCAGCCCGAAUCUGUCGUUAAGUCAAUAACAAAAUGCAGCUGUUGCAAUUGGCCAACUUUGUGCUGCAGAAUUUGCUGCAGUCGCGCAUAAGCUUCAUCAUUUUCUUUCACUGCUGGGCAAAUAAUGAGACCUUACAGUUCGCACAACAAAUCCAACAACCUCAUCAGCAGCUCAUCUACUAUCAGUUUGCCCAUUUGAGAGACUGGAACUGGGAGCACCUGGAGCAACGUUAUUUGGAUCACGCCCAGCCCACGCUGGCCAUUUACGUGGACUUGAGGUGCAUGCGAAGCAGAAGUCUCUUGGCAGAGGCCAGUCGAGCUCGACUCUACAAUCAGCACUACCAUUGGGUGCUGCACGACAGCUCGGAGGCUUUCAGCUUUUACGAUUUCUUCAGGCGCUCAAACAUAUCCAUAGAUGCUGACGUGGACUAUGUGAAGCAGCAUAUUCCAAACAGUGGAGAUAAGGAUGCUGUUGUCUACACGGUAUAUGAUGUCUACAGCAAUGGCAAUCACAUUGGCGGGCAGCUUAAUAUGACAGUGAACUAUGAGCUCAGCUGCAAUCGGAGCAGCUGCGAUGGCAUUCGCUAUCUGAGCUCAUUGCAUUUGCGCUCCAAGUACGGCAAUCGGGAGCAGCUGACGGAUGUGGUGCUGCGCGUGGCUACGGUGGUGACACAGCGACCCAUUACCUGGCCGCCGGAGCAGCUGCUGCAGUUCCUCAACCAAAUCAACGACACACACAUAGAUGGUAUAGCGCGCUUUGGCUUUCAGCUGAGUCUGAUACUCAAGGAUCUGCUGCAGUGCGGCAUGAAUUUCACGUUCAAGGAUCGUUGGAGCUACGGCGACUACAAUGGCGGCUCUGUGGGCGCUGUGGUCGAUGAAACAGCCGACAUUGGCUCGGCGCCCUGCCUGGCCACGCCGGGCAGACUCCAUCUCCUGUCGGCCAUCAUUGAGACGGGCUACUUUCGCUCGAUUUGCCUGUUCCGCACGCCUCACAACGCCGGCAUCCGGGGCGACGUCUUUCUGCAGCCCUUCAGCGCCCUGGUUUGGUUCCUCUUUGCCGGCAUCCUGCUGCUGAUCGCUCUAAUGCUCUGGCUCGCCUUCUACAUGGAGUCCAAGCGCAUGCAUCGUAGCUGGCGCUUGGAGUUUGUGCCUUCUCUGCUGAGCACCUGCCUGAUUAGCUUCGGUGCUGCGUGCAGCCAAAGCUCGGCCCUAACGCCGCGCUCCACGGGCGGACGUUUGGCCUACUUUGCACUGUUUCUGAUUAGCUUUAUAAUGUACAACUAUUAUACGUCUGUGGUGGUCUCCUCGCUGCUGAGCUCACCGGUCAAAUCGAAGAUCCAGACGGUGCAACAGCUGGCUGAGAGCUCGCUAACCGUUGGACUUGAGCCGCUGUCAUUUACGAAGAGUUAUCUCAAUUACACUCAACGUCCGGAGAUUCAUUUGCUUCGCAAGCGCAAAAUCGAGCCACAGUCCCACAAUCCCGAGCUCUGGCUGCCCGCGGAGCAGGGCAUUCUACGUGUGCGCGACAGACCCGGCUAUGUGUUUAUCUUCGAGGCCUCCUCGGGCUACGAGUAUGUGGAGCGUUACUAUACCCAGCAGGAGAUUUGCGAUCUCAAUGAGAUUCUGUUUCGACCCGAACUGCGGCUCUACACCCACCUGCAUCGCAACUCCAGCUACAAGGAACUCGUGCGCUUAAGAUUGCUGCGCGUUUUGGAGACUGGCAUCUAUCGCAAACAUCGCACUUGGUGGGCCCGCAUGAGGCUGCACUGCUACUCGCAGAACUUUGUCAUUACCGUGGGCAUGGAGUAUGUGGCACCGCUCUUCUUCAUGCUGCUCUGUGGCUACCUCUUGGUGCUGCUGCUGCUGCUGCUCGAACUAGCCUGGCAGCGUUACGCGCAGCGCUCAGAUUAAGCUUUAAAAGCUCACCUUGCACCU